GAGGGGCUUGAAGAUCGGUUUUCAUCAAUAUAAGGUCCAUAAACACAAUUGAGGGCAGUAUUAUUCUCACCCGCAACACAGUUGCUCCGUUGAGUUGGUGUGGCGAUAGAGGUGCAUUAUCGUGUUUUUCUUUCAGUUCUUUCGCAUAAGCUUCACGAUCACAAUAUGAUGAUCAAGCUGGCAGUAACAUUUUUCGUUCUCGUCGCCGCGGCUCAGUGUGACGUCACGGAACAUGCGGAAAACCACGCACACAAACACGAACCAAUCGUUCCUCCCACGGGUCUCAUGCAGAUGCAAGGAGUUCAGGGAAACAACCAUUCUCUCAUCUUGGGACAGAGGAGAUACGGAGACAGCCUGAUCCAUACAGACGUGGCUAAGAAGACCAGCAAGUGGUUCCGAAUCGUGGAAAGUGACAUCAAAUUCCCGUCCAACGGCGCCAAGAACACCAAGACCAUCAACUACCUGCAGGUGCUCGACCGAAAGGCCAACGGCCACAGCGGCUGGCCGUAUCUCACCCAAGGCGGCAUUGGUUUCAAAAAUGUCUCCCUUCAUUUCACAUCAGAACGCGGCCACGGAUUCGACUUCCUGAUUUACGUAUACGGAUACAAUGGUUAAUUGUCUUAGGUUGAAAUAAAGGAAUCACCUGAAAA